AUAGGUUCGGUUUCCUUCUCUGAGCUCUGCGACUACUGGGUUAGGGAUUUUUCUCAAACUCGGUGUUGUUUGGUUUUUCUGGUCUUCUCCGACGAAUGGCAGAGACGACGCUGGCAGCGAUUUCAGAUGCUUUGAAAGAGAUCGACACCAAGAAAGAGAAACUGAAGAAGGCCUUCGAUGACCUCCAAUCCCAAUCCACUUUCCUCUCUUCCUUCUCUCUCACCUGGUCCGACCUCGAAGCCCACUUCACCUCCAUCCAGAAUUCCCUCACUCACAAAUUCAAUGUCCUCGAAUCCCUCGAAUCCCAUUCAAAGGACCCAUCUUGUUCACCAAACCCGCAAACCCACAUGCCAAAUGACCCUUCUUGUUCUGCGAAUCCUCAGACCCAGAUACCCAAAGACCCAUCUUCGUCUUCCGAUCACCCGGCUAUUCAGAACCCAGUGACGCAAGUUGUCAAUAAUGGAGUAUCUGAGUCGUCUGUGCUUCCUCGGCCUGAGUUGACAGCCUUUUGUGAGAAUAUGGACGGGAUUGGGUUGAGGAAGUACGUAAACGGGGCUUCAAAGGAUCGGACUGCUAUUCGGGCUGAGCUUCCGGGUGCAAUCCGCCGCGCGCCCGACCCGGCUGCGAUGGUUCUUGAUGCGAUGGAGGGGUUUUACAGAGAGAAUGAGAAGAAUAAGGGUGAUAAGGACCUGCAAUUGGGUGGUGUGAGGAGAAGUUGCGUGCUUUUGUUGGAAGUUUUGAUGGGAAUUUCACCGAAUGUUGGAGCUGAAGUGAGGGUGAGAGCGAGGAAGUUGGCUGUUGAGUGGAAGGGGAAGGUGAGUAGGGAUGGUGAAAACCCGUUGGAGUGUUUGGGGUUUUUGCAUUUUGUUGCAGCUUAUGGGUUGAGGUCUGAAUUCAACAUGGAUGAGCUUAUUGAUUGUAUUCUUAUUAUAGGGAAGUAUCGGCAAACGAUGGACCUGUGCCGAAAACUUGGUUUGGGAGACAAGGUUGCAGACCUCAUUCAUAAACUUCUAAGUCAGGGAAAACAACUUUUGGCUGUCAAAUUUGUCUUUGAAUUUCAACUUACUGAUAAAUUCCCACCAGUUCCCUUGUUGAAAGAGUAUUUGAAGGAGUCCAAGAAUCUUGCUAAGAAAGUCUGCCGGGAAGGAAAGAACUCUCUCAAGUCACUGAAUGAGGCCACAGCUAAAGAAGUUGGUGCUAUGAGAUCGGUAAUCAAAGUUAUUGAAGAUUAUAAGCUUGAGUCUGAAUAUCCACGGGGGAUUCUUGAAAAGCAAAUUGAGCAGCUGGAGAAGCAAAAGGCAAGCAGAAAGCGUCCUGCUGCCAAGCAGCAGCAGGUAAAGAACCAGAAGCAGCAACAGCAGAAUGGAAGCAAGCGUCCACGGACUGAAGCUUCAGUAGGUCUUGUGGUGGCCCCAAAGAGUUAUGGAGCAGCCAAUUCUACUGUUUCCUCAUACCAACACUCUCAUCUACAGUCAACAGGUUUGUUGCCAGAUGGUCCUGCUCCACAUGUGAGCUCAUCAGCUGCACCUUAUGGCAUGCCAGGUCUCACUCCUCCAAUUGCCCCUUAUGUGGGUUCAUCAGCUAGGCUGUAUGGCUUGGCAGGAGCACCAAUGGGUUUUUCUGGGAACCCCACCGCUGGUGGUUCCCUUUUAUACUCUUCUGAACCAUAUGUGGAAUCUGGCUAUUAUGAUAGGCCAACUGCCUAUACUGGGUACAGCGUACCAUCUCAAUACCAUCCAGCUUACUAUCCUCAGUAGUGCUCGAUACUCGUUCUUUUUGUGAUAGUUAUCUAUGGAUGGUACAAUAGCAUUUGCCACCUUUGCAGUGCUAGUUUUUGGGAAACAUGGUAUGCGCUUUUGCUAACCAUGAUUGUAAUGCAGCCGCAGAUUUGGUAAUUAAGGUCUGUGAAUGCAUACGUUGUGUCAGUUAUCUAUGCCCAUAAAUUUUAGGUCAAUCAUUCUUUAAUAAAUAUUUGUUAAGUGACCAUUAUUUUUAAAAAGCUCAAGUUGUUAGAAAAUAGACUCUAUAGUUUAUAUCAUGUCAACACAACUCACACUGCCGUUGUGUAUGCUUUCCCAGUAAUUGGGAAUAAUUUCCGGUGGUACACAUGUAGGACCAAAUAAAUUAUAUAGUUAGGGUCACAUGAUGAAGAUUAAAAACUAUAACAAAUAAUUAAUAACAGUUUUCCUCUCAUUUUAAGUAACUAUUUUUUAUCCAUAAUUUUAAGUUUUUGAGGGAGUGGGCAGAUAGUGUAUAUUGUGUCAACAUAACUUGAACUAGCACUCUUCAUAUGUAGGGCAUUCAAUAAUUAGCAACCGAAUAUGGAGCUCAUAUUAACCUAGAAUAUUAUAGGAAACCAGGUUUAUCAGAAUUCAAACACAAGAAUAAAGAGGUGACUGGAGAUCUGAUAGCUUGUGAAACUUAAAAACUGUCACAAAGUGGACCAAUAAUGUAUUUGAAUCAUGUUAACAUAAUUGCAUUAAAUAUAGCAUGCUAAUACUCCCACUCAUGUUUAGAUUUGCCGUUAUCUGAACAAAAUUUAGGUCUUAAUACAUGCAUAUCAAAGAUAUUAAACAUAUGCCAUUAAGAUUUUACUGCAAAACUAAAUAGGUAAUGAGAUAUCUUAUGCCAUGUUAAGUGGCUGUUAUUCUCAAAAGCAUAAACUUUUAAUAUUCAUGUUUUUGGGACAUUUGGAGAGUUGAACAACUUGGAGUAGAAUAGCCCGUUUAAACUUUUGAAUAGUACUUUUGUUUAUUCCUAUUUGGAAAGUCAUUUUUUACCCUUUUUUUAUUUAUUUAGAUUUUCAGUUUAAUAAUCUAUGUUAUACUCCAUUCCAGAUUAGGUAUGCUGCCUCUUCCAAAGGCACAUGCUGUAUCUGAAGGCCUGAAUCCCCGAUUCUGCUGUUAAAGAGUUCAUUUUCUCCAAUUCUAUAAUUAGAAUGAGAAUUCUAUUUAGUUUCAAGGUCGAUUAACCUAAUUGAAGUAUAGCAUGUAGUUUAGUCCAGUAAUUAUGUGUCUAUCGACACAUUGCUUAACUCCCCGUCUAUCGACACAUUGCUUAACUCCCCGUCUAUUUAGUCCAUAAGAUUAUUUGGUCAACCAUGAAGUUUGUCAGUCAAUUUCCUUCAUUUGGUUCAUUAAGGAAAUUAUACACAGCAUGGAAAUAGGACCAUUAUCUUUGUAUUUUUAAGCAGCAUUUUCUUAAGUUUCCUCAACUGUUAGUCUCAUUCUUGUUUAUUCUGGACUUCACUGUUUACAUAGUUCAGAGGGUGAUUGCUCUCAAUUUGAACAGUCAGAGUCAGAUACACCAUAGGCAAUUUGAGCACUGCUUCGUCUGUUACUUUCUGCAUUUUUUGAAAAAGAAUUUCUUGCUUUCUCCAGGACUUCUUUUGGUGGUUUGGGUGGGGGCAGGGGUCUGGUCCUUGGUUUUUAGGCAUAUGGAAGUACUUCCGUGCCCCUGAAAGGUAGAUGCUCCAUGAUGAAACUGUAGAUCCCCUUUCGUGUUUCGUUUAAUCUUUGGUAGCUCAAAUUAGAAAACAAAAUUGGUUUUCAGAUUGAUUUUCCAUCUUCACGAAAUAAAUAUCCAUCUGUAGGAUGUGUUUUUCUGCGAGUUUGAUGCAAACGGGGUUGACUUGUCAUGGUCAUUGUCACCUUUUUUUUAAAAUUUUUUUUUUUUUUUAAAUGAAAAAAAUCUACCUUGACCUUUUUCAUGUCUUUCUCCUGAAAUCUUUUGUUUCCCAAUCCCCUUUUUUAGAUGUAUGUUUCACUUGUUAUGAAAAUCUUUUUGUUUUGGCUGCUGGCUAUAUUGGCUUAUUGGAGCUUUUCUUUCUUCCCCAUGUAAGCCACAUGUUUCGGUCUAUCAGUGUCUGGUCAUGGAACUUCAGAUCCAGUUCUUUUGCUCAUUAAUUCUACCUAUUGGAAUUUUUUCCUAUAUCGUCGAAGCUUGAUCAAUUUAAAGUCAGAUUAUGAUGUAUGUUCUUCUUGUUCAUUUGUAUACUAUUAAGAAUUGUAUAAAAAAUUAGCUGUCAUCUGGAUUGUCAUCAAAGCACCAUUAUGUGUAUAUUAGUGGAAAAAUUUUAUGAACA